AUGACGUGGAUGGAUCCUCGUCUGCUUUUUACCUACGACGUCACUUUCAUGCUCGCGUCGUCCACGCGACCGACCGCGCGCGCGCUCGGGCGUACCUCGAGAUUCACACGUCGUCGCGCACACGCGCGCGGUGUCACUAUGAACGCGACGCCGGCGUACGAUGCGCUGAAGAGCAAACUCUCUGAGAUUUCUGAUUUGCGCUCGAUCAGCGGUCUCGCCGGAUGGGACGAGCUCGUGAUGCUCCCCUCCGGCGAGGGCGCGUCGAAGGCUCGUGGUCGAGCGAUGGCGACGCUCGCGGGGGUGAUUCACGAGCGCGCGACGUCGAAGGAGAUUGGUGAACUUUUGGAGAAGUCGGCGACGGAGACGCUUCAACCGAAGGACCGAGCGAAUCGAAAGCGCGCCGAAGAGGAGUACACGAAGGCGACGGCGGUGUCGGCUGAGUUGGAAAAGCGACGGGCCGAGCUUGGGAGUCGAGGGUACCAGACGUGGGUCAAGGCGCGGGAGAGCGGUUCGUACGCCGCGUUCUCUCCAGUUUUGACAGAAUGGGUCGCUCUGACGCGAGAGAGGUGCGCGCUCGUGGCGCCCGAGAAGAAGGUGUACGACGCCGCGUUGGACGAUUAUGAGCGAGGUAUGAGUUCUGAGCGGUUGAGGGAAAUUUUUGCCGUCGUUCGAGCGGGUGUGGUGCCUCUGAUCCAAAAGGUGUACGCGAAGGAUGGACCCACGGCGCUCGCUGGACGAUCCAAUCCUCUUCACGGCGAGUUUGACGUCGAAAAGCAAGCCGCCCUCGCCAAAGCGGUGGCGGUAAAGAUCGGUUUCGAUCUCACGAAAGGACGUCUCGACGUGAGCGUCCAUCCGUUCACGGGAGGAUGCGGUCCGGACGACGUCAGGAUGACGACUCGAUACAAGAAGGACGACAUCAUGGAAGGCCUCACUGGGUGCAUUCACGAGGCUGGACACUCGGCGUACGAAAUGGGCCGUUCUCGAGAGUAUGCGGGUCAACCUGUUUCAGAUGCUCACUCCAUGGGCGCCCACGAGUCGCAGUCUCUGCUCUGGGAGCGCAUGGUUGGCUUGGGCGAACCAUUUAUGACGUUCCUGUUAGGCGAGCUAAGAGAGACUUUUCCGGGUCGAUUCGACGACGUUACCCCAGAGUUACUUUACGCCGGAUUCAACGUCGUGAAGAAGAACAGCGUUAUUCGCGUCGAGUCGGACGAGGUGACGUAUCCCAUGCACGUCAUUCUGCGCACCGAGUUGGAAAUGGAUCUCCUCGAGGGAACCAUCACGGUCGAUGAUCUUCCAAAGCUCUGGAACUCCAAGAUGAAAGAAUACCUCAACGUCGACGUCGAGAGCGACAAGCAGGGCGUGUUGCAAGACGUGCACUGGUCAUCCGGCGCCAUUGGUUACUUCCCGACGUACAUCAUUGGUCAGAUUCUCGCGUGCCAAGUAUUCAACGCCGCCAAGCGCCAAAUUGAAGGCCUCGAUGAACAAAUUAAACAAGGCGAAUUCGCCCCGCUCUUGUCCUGGCUUCGAACGAACAUGCACGAGCGCGGGAGCGAGUGCGACACGGUCGAUGAACUCAUGAUUAAGGUGACGGGCAAACCGCUCGACGCGAACGAAUUCGUCGAAUAUCUGAACGACAAAUACACAAAGCUCUACGAUUUGUAA